CCUUUUUUUUGGUACAUAACUUCAAAAAUGGUAUGGGCUAUCCGGCUAUGUGUUUGUGUAGAUGGAAUCCUCAAACUCAAAUUUCUCUCUCCAGAAUAUCCAAUGCUUUGGGCUUGACGAUCAUUCAUCCAGAUACAUAAAAAUUUACAGGGCUGGGAGAUCUCAAAUUGUGCUGAUGUUUUGAGCUACUUCCAGACGCCAUUAAUCGUUACCUCACCUCUUUCUCUUGUUGAUUUUUUCAACCGAUCCAGUUGUUUUUCUUUGCAAACCUAUCUCUAAGAACUAUUUUCCCGCAUACUUUUUUGACGGUUGACCAGAUUUCCGUUGCUUUCGGCAGUUCAGAUUAUUCAGGAGCUGGGAAAGGGUCGAUUUUUAUUUAUUUAUUUUUUGCGCCGAGGGGAAGGGAAGGUUUAGUUAUUUCGUACCAGAUUGACAGGAAGGUUUGUUUGAAGUUAUGACAACAAUUUUGAAGAAGACCACUUCAAAUGGCAAAGAAAAAAUGCCAAAAUUUGAAGAGCAGCAAGCAAAGAUUAAUGAAGUGCACAAAAUGAUAGGGGCGUUGCCAGAAAAGCUGUCUUCUUACUGUUCUGAUGCAUCAAUCUCAAGGUAUUUGCGGGCACGAAACUGGAAUGUCAAAAAGGCAACUAAAAUGCUGAAAGAAACUUUGAAAUGGAGGUUCGAGUAUAAGCCAGAAGAAAUCCGUUGGGAAGAAGUUGCCCAUGAAGCUGAAACAGGAAAAAUGUACAGAUUAAAUUACACUGAUAAGCAUGGAAGAAUUAUUCUUGUCAUGAGACCUGGUUGUCAGAAUACAAAGUCAACAAAAGGACAAAUUAGGUACUUGGUGUAUUGCAUGGAGAAUGCAAUUUUAAAUCUACCACCCGAGCAAGAGCAGAUGAUUUGGCUCAUUGACUUCCACGGUUUCAAUAUGUCAAGUAUUUCAGUGAAGGUAACACGGGAAACAGCCCAUGUUUUACAGGACCAUUACCCAGAAAGGCUAGGUGUGGCAAUUCUGUACAAUCCACCCAAGAUUUUUGAAUCCUUUUGGACGCUGGUGAAACCCUUUUUAGAGCUGAAGACUUACAGGAAAGUAAAGUUUGUUUACUCUGACGACCUUAACUCCAAGAAAAUAAUGGGAGACCUCUUUGACAUGGACAAGCUCGAGACAGCUUUUGGGGGAAAUAGCCAGUUGGGUUUCAACUUUAAUGACUAUGCCGAAAGGAUGAGAGAAGAUGACAAGAGGAUGCCCUCAUUUUGGACGAGAGGGAGUUCUCCUGUGGUCCCAGAGCCAAUCCCCACUACUGCCCCAUGUUUUAGUCCCAUCAACUUAGAAUCAGACUCUGAUGACUCAGGUAAGGAGCAAACGAACAACUCUUCCAAUGAAGGAGUUGAUUCAGAAGAAUGCUCCCCUGAUGACUGUCUACCAGUGGCAAAUGAGCAUAUAAACUGUGUUGGAGAUGCAAAUUCUGGUGAAGGUUCAACCAGCCUUCCAGACCUUGGUAAGGUACAAAUAUCUUAGGAUCUAACUAUGCUAACUGUUUGACAUUUAUUAGAUGGUUGCAAUUAAUAUGAAAGUAUAAUUGCUUUAAACUUUUA